GUUCAAAUUCGUGCUUCAAAAGUGUCGUUCGCUCUGUAAAGACCCAACGUCUUGGUGGGUACUACUUUUCGUACGAAUCGUUAAUCGUCCGCAUCGUGCUUUUCAACGUGUCGAAGAUCAAGUUACCACUCAUAUUUUUACGGGAAUGAUGGCUGUAGUUGCUGCUAUGUACGGAAGUCUUCACACACGACGUUUUCUCACCAAUUUCCACCACGCCAAGCAGAAUCUACCAACUGAUACAAAUUUCCACUUCACAAGUAACUAUAUUCAGAACAAGCAACUUAACUAACCGCGAACUUCAACUACGUAAUUUUUCAGCAUACGAGUCAUCAUCAUUAAAUUUUUCAGCAUACGAGUCAUCAUCAUUAUACUAGUAAAUUUCAUUUAACAGUAAAAACUUGAACUUCUGCUUCUCCAGGAUGGUGCAGGAAUUCCGUAUUGCAGGGGAGGAUGAGACCGAAGCGCCUGGCCUGUUAGGACUACUGAUGAAGGCGGAGAGCAAGGAAAUGAAGGAGGUGUUCAUUUUCGACAUGUCGGACUCAGAGGACGUGCAUGAGGCUAUGGGUACUAUUCACUUUCUAUCUAUUUUCUUGGAUUAUUUGCGUUUCACUUUCAAAAAAGAAACUUAUUGAAGGAAUCGAUCCCGCUUUUUCAUAUUCAAAAUCAACAUCACAGGUGAGAACGACGAGUACUGUCCGGAUUGGGCAUUUUACGAGACGAACGAUGAACGGCCUGCUCCCGGUACAGUGUCCCUGCCGGAAAACUGGUUCCAAAUGUCCUCCUGGUUCCUGCACAUUUCUACGGACGGGCAAAGUCUUGUAAUCAUCGUCGUGAUCAUGCAGCAGUGCCAGUGGAGCGGUGGAUUUUUUUCUCUGACGACAAUUAUCUCACUCAUGGUCUGCAGCAAGCCAGACUUCGAAGCUCACGCGCUCGCCAGCGUUUCUCAUUCUGUUCCCUGUCCGUGGAUGCACUGCAGUCGUUUGCGGAAGCAGCCACCAGCGUUGGUGUGGGAUAAAGGUAUUUUUCGCGAUUUCUUUUGGUUUUUUUUCUAUGUUUGCUGAGCCGCGUGCCCGCAGUCGACACGAGAAGUCUUGAUCGCACCCUGAAAAAACUUCAAAUCUAAAACCAACAACAGGGGCGGGCAAGGGUGCCACGGCGAGCGAAAUGAUUCAGAUGAAGAUGCCAGGCAACGAAAUUGUGUCCGAGGGUGGAAGUACUCCGCCAGACCUCAUGCAUUUCUAUGGUUUAACCAAAGCCGCAGCUUCUUACCAGGUGAAAGUGCUGAUCUGGAGAGCCUGCCUUUUCCUCUACUUCACUCUGUUUGUGUCAUUUUUUGUUGAAGAGAUCGCACCACUUUCAUUCUCGCAGCAUACACGCACGCGUACAGUAGCUACCACGUUACAGUAAAGUCCAUGUUUCUGUCUGGUUGUACACCCUGAACUGAUCAGCCGGGAUUUUCGAUGUUGUUUCUUCGUAUUGUCAUGUCGCAACGAGUUGCAAUUUUAGCUCUCCGCCUGCUUCUUGCGGUCCGCUGCUCUGGAGAAUUUGUCGAGUUGUAUUCAGCAUAAUUAUUAUGGCUAGAAGGCUCAUCCUUGCCAAGAACAAACAGAUCGUUCGCAUGUUGCAAGUAUGACCUUGCUGUGGGC